AAUAAAUAAUGACAAAUUAUUUACAGAUUUUUGUGCAAAAAUUCUUAAACAAACAAAAUGUCGUUGGCCUAUUACUAUGAUCUGAUGUCUCAGCCGUCGAGGGCUUUGUAUAUUAUUUUAAAAAUGAGUGGAGUACAAUUUGAGGAUUGUCCGGUGGCACUAAGAAAGGGUGCUCAUUUGACCGAGGAUUUCAAAACCAACAUUAAUCGCUUCCAAAAAGUUCCCUGUAUAAACGAUGGCGGAUUUAAACUGGCCGAGAGUAUUGCUAUAUUAAGAUAUCUAAGUGCCAAGGGUAAAAUACCCGAACAUCUUUAUCCCAAAAAUGUUGUGGAACAGGCCCGCGUCGAUGAAUUCUUGGAGUGGCAACAUAUAACAUUGCGCAUCACCUGUGCCCUUUAUUUCCGUGCAAAAUGGCUGGACCCCAUGCUGACGGGCAAAAAGGCAUCAGAAGAUAAAUUGGCAUCACUGAAAACUCACAUGGAAACCAAUUUGGCCAUCGUGGAAAAUUUGUGGUUAGAGAGUACAGAUUUUCUGUGUGGCAAUCAAAUGACGGUGGCCGAUAUUUUUGCUGCUUGUGAAAUUGAGCAGCCACGUAUGGCAGAUUACGAUGUACGUGCUCAUUAUCCUAAAAUCCGUGCUUGGUUGCAGCGUGUACGUGAAGCUUGUGGUCCACAUUAUGAUUAUGCCCAUCAAUUUGUAUAUAAAAUCUGUGGAUCGGAGCCAACUAACUAAAAAGUGAAGAAAAGGAGAUAGAUGCUUACUUUUUCGUUUACUAUUUCAUAUGCUUCGUAAGGGGCUAUGUACAUGUAUUCUCUACAGUGAAGUAGUAAAAAUAGUCCAACGACGUUUUAUAUAUCUCUUAAAAUGUUUUAUAAUUUGUUAAUACAUACUUUAUUAACUAAAAUAAAGGAAGUUUGCCCAUUUGGCCGAAAACUAA